AUCAGCAGGAAACGGGGGGAUACGACCAAAAUGAAAUAUAAGUUCAAAUCAAAUUCAAAGUGUAAAACAGAGCAGCAGACGAAAUACAAUAAGCAUAUGCUACAAGAAAACUAUUAAAAUCAUUUCGUCUGCCUGCUACGAAAUAAUCAAACUCCAAUUAAAGUCAAUCCCUUAUUCCCUAAUCUGAAACUUUGAAAUUGAACAAAUAUUUUUCAAACAUUAUACCUUUGAAAAUUGAAAUUCAAGAUAAUGUAGGCCAGGCCAAGCCAAACCUACCCAAAUCUUUUCUUCUCUCACUCAGCAAGCAAAACUUUCAAAGCUUAAACAAGAGAUAGCUCUGAGGAAGAAGAAGAAGAAGAAGAAGAAGAUUGAAGAAAAAUGGCAUUUGCAGAACUAUUUACCCGCGUUGGAUCGAUAAUUGGCAGUUUAGUGUUCAUCUGGGCAAUUUUCCAGCAGUAUUUCCCAUUCGAGCUUCGUGCUUGUUUCGAGAAAUACUCUCAUAGAUUCAUCAGUUUCUUUUAUCCCUAUGUUCAAAUCACUUUCAAUGAGUUCACCGGAGAAGGUUUCACUCGUAGUGAAGCUUACAUCGCCAUUCAAAAUUACCUCACCAGAAACUCCUCAUCGCAAGCCAAACGCCUAAAGGCUGAUUCCAUGAAGAACAAUCAAUCUCUGGUGCUCACCAUGGAUGACCACGAAGAAAUUGCAGAACAAUACGAAGGGGUAAAGCUAUGGUGGUCAUCAGGGAGAAUCAUUUCCAAGUCUCAGACGAUUUCAUUCCACCCAGCGACAGAGGAGAAAAGGUUUUUUAUGCUCACUUUUCAUAGAAGGCACAGAGAUCUCAUCAUCGGCCAGUAUUUAAACCACGUACUCAAAGAGGGGAAAGCGAUUAAGGUGAAGAACAGACAACGAAAGCUUUUCACAAACCAAGACGCUCAAUGGAGUCACGUUGUGUUCGAACAUCCAGCGACGUUUAGGACAUUGGCGAUGAAGCCAGAGAAGAAGAAGGAGAUAAUGGAUGACCUAAUUGCGUUCAGCCAGGCGGAGAAAUUUUACAAAGAAAUCGGUAGGGCUUGGAAAAGGGGAUAUCUCUUGUACGGUCCACCAGGAACUGGAAAAUCGACGAUGAUAGCGGCGAUGGCGAAUCUUUUAGGGUACGAUAUUUACGAUCUCGAAUUGACUUCGGUCAAAAACAACAUCGAAUUGAGGAGACUACUUACGGAAAUUUCAAGCAAAGCCGUUGUUGUAAUCGAGGACAUUGAUUGUUCCCUCGAUCUCACAGGCCAAAGGACGAACAAAAACGAUAAAGGACGAACAGAGAUAGAGAAAGAUCCGAUCAAAAGAAUGAUGAUGAGAGAAACUAGCGAUACAAACCCUAGCGAAGUGACGCUUUCGGGGCUUCUGAACUUCAUAGACGGACUCUGGUCGGCGUGUGGCGGAGAAAGACUGAUUGUCUUCACGACGAACUAUGUCGAGAAACUGGAUCCGGCGCUGAUUAGGAAAGGGAGAAUGGAUAAGCAUAUAGAAAUGUCAUUCUGUGGAUUUGAAGCGUUCAAAAUACUGGCGAAGAAUUACCUGAAGAUUGAAUCGCAUCCUCUAUUUUCGAAGAUUGAGAAGCUCAUCGGGGAAACGAUAAUAACUCCGGCGGAUGUGGCAGAGCAUUUAAUGCCGAAGGCAGUUUCCGGUGACCCUAGAGAUUGCCUGGAGAGUCUAAUCGAAGCUCUGAAAGGACUAAAAGAAGAAGAAGAGAGGAUGAAUGCAGAGGAAAACAAGAAAAAGGAGGAAAUAUGUUAAAGAUGAGUUUGAGGAAUUUCAUAUUACUGUUUCUUUUUCCUUUUCUCUUUAGACAAUAUUUUAUGUUAUGCUUUAGAGUAAAUUUUAAUAAAUUUCAUGUUACACAUGUCUAAUCUAA